AUGACGAAGAAACAUACGAGUACAACAAGAUUAUAUCCUAUGUCCGAUUCGGCAAUCGACAUAAAAGCCCGAAAACGUGUUGCAGAACUUUAUGAAUUAACUGACGAAAUAAUCAAUGCUUCUAAUGAAAUCAAUGAAACAUAUGCCAAUAAAAUCUAUCGAAAAUAUAAACAGUUAAUAGCAGUUAAUAAAAAAUUAAAAAAACAAUUAAGUCAAUAUCAUUGUCCAGGUUGUAAAUGUAUUAUUCCAUCAAAUGAAGAUGUACAACAAGCUAGAAAAGAAGAAGAAGAAGAAGAUUAUCAUAAUGAUGACGACAAUGAAAGUUUCAUUAUUAUUGCAGAGGAUCAAGAAUAUCAAUCAAAACAAAAACCUUCUACAUCAUUUCUGACCACACAUUCUUUAAGAAAACAAAGUAGAAAGAACAAAAAUCCUUAUAUUAUAUCCGAUAUUGAAGAUACAGAAAAUUUUGAAGGUAAUGACAGUCGAUUUACUAAAACAACGUGUGAUAGUAAUGACAAUGAUUGUCAUAAAGACAACGAUGGUAAUAAUAUCAAUGAUAGUGAUAGUAUGAAGGAUGGAGACAAUGAAGAUAGACUAUUCAUAGCGAUGGAUCAAAAUGAAAAUGAAACAACAAAAGAUGAUAAUCAAUCAGAACAUGAAAUUCAAGAAGAAGUUGAUAAAGAUGUUUAUGCAAAUGAAGAGGAAGAUGAUGAAACAACUUGUUUACCAGUAAUUUUACAAGAUAUUAUUCGACAAAAAGCUAAAAAAAAUAACAAUGCUAGAUCUUAUUUACUUAACAUUCCUCUUUAUCCAGCACUAUGUGAAUUUCUUUGUGAUAAAUCUUAUACAUCAUUUAAUCGUCGUCCAAGUGGAACUCAAAUUCGUCCACUUAUUGAAAACCAUUUAAGUCAAAAUUUAGCCAAUGAUGCCAAAAUACGUAUGCGUCUAUGUGAUGAAUUGCGUGAGAUACAUCGAUCAUACAUGAGAACAUUCAUGACUGAUCCACAUGCUUCUCGUAAUAAAUAUAUAUCUUCAUAA